AACAACCUCAACCUAUGAGAAUGCUCGGAAUGAAAAAGUAACUAAAAAGGCUGAAGAAAUUACAUAAUUAUACCUCCGCCUUGAAAUUAUAUGCACCUUCAGUAGGGUUUCGUGCCUAUCCCGUUCGACACUGAUGCACCGCCUUAAUUUUUUGAAAUGGGGGAGCAUGACACAUUACUCUUCAACAAGUUAUGAACAUAAGCCUAGGUCCUGACCAUCACUCACCAUCUUUCACCAGACGGUUUCUGAUUGAAGUCACUCAUCGAUCAUGCCACAUGCAGCUGUGAUCGCAGCUGCUGCCACAAUGGGCGUAGCAGCAGCUGUUGCAUUUGAAGUAUCCGUAUUCAAGCCAUGGCGAGAAGAAAAUUACCCUGAAGGAUUCGCAGAAGGAAUGCGAACGGAAUGGAAUGAAAUCAAAGAUGAAUUCAGAAGAGGAUUUUGGGAUUUCAGAGACAGAGUUCGAAAUGAAGCAAAUGCAAAUCGUCAUGGAGGACCUCGUGAUCCAUUCUCAGAUAUGCCGGCUUCUCCUCCUCUUUCCCCGCAAAGACAUCAAUCUUUACUCGGUGCAAGCAAGCCGGAAAAGUAUCAUGAUGAUGAAGAGUAUGAAGAGAUGAGACAAGUUCAACGUGAUUUGGACGAAUUCGAAAUGACCGAAAGACAAAGCUUGUUCAUGAACAGACGAUUGCAAACCGAAUUCGCCAAUGAUCAAACGGUACGAAGACGUAAACCCCUGACAGCGGCAAAAGGAGAAGGACAAGAACAAAUUCCUUCCGUUGACUCUGAUCUGUUCAAAUCAGCUUCUGGAAAGGUUACAAAUGAUCUGGACUCUCCUCAUCAUAAUAUUGGUGCAUCGUCACCCACCGUUUCACCGGAAUCACUCAAGGGUGGCGUACUUCCUGAGAUCACAAAUACCACCACAACACAAGACGCUGAAGCUGUUCAACAAAACACUACUCGUUCUUCUACCGUCUCUGACGAUGAAGAAUGGUUCAGUCGUGCAUCAUCGCCCAUCAGAAUCGAACACGACGAAGAUGGUAUGGAAAGCGGAAAUGUGAGUGAUGCAUGGACUCAAUUGGAGAACAGUCCUCCCGGUACGCCCACAAGCGGUUCUUGGAGUGCCAUAGAGCACAGCAGUAAUGGAAGAGACUAGAUCUUUUCCUUUCUUUAUCUUAUUCAGAGUAUUUUGUUUUUUAUUGUAUCAUAUAUCCUUCCCGGUUUCGUCAAUUUUUAUCUUUUUACGUCCAAUGCUUGUGAU